AUGAUCAGAGACGCCGAGUUCCGACCCGACGAUUUCGCCUUCGGUUCAAAGACUCACCCUAACCGUCUUCCCAGCUCUUGGGUCUUGUCAAUCAUGUUGUCAACAUCUUUGCGCCGGGCCGCAUGGGUGCCUCUAUCUGGCGUCCAGCAUGUCCCUUCUACUGGUUUUCUCACCACGGCUCGUCAUAUACACCAGCGCCGAUACUCCUCAUCCUCCAAGCCUCCGUUCCCUCCCAGCGAUGGCCCUCGCCGGAUAGAUGCUACUCCGACGAAGGGAGUGAACUCCUCCAGUAGCAAAGCUACACGCCGCCGAGGUAAGGAUAGCGCUACCCGCAACGCUUCGUCGAAGUCUAGCCAGCAUGCGGCAUUUUCCAAGCUGCCGAGCGUGCCCUCGACACAGCACCGACAACCGCAUGACGUGCAUGUUGCCUCAUUCUUCUCCAUUCACCGCCCGAUCUCCGUAACCACCACGGUUCCCCCAACCUCGACCUUCGAAGCCUUUGAUGCCAUCUUCUCCUCAAAGAAGAUUCUGAAGAAUGAGCCCGAGGAUGUCAUCUUCACUCUGUCAUCAACUGUCCAGUCUAUGGAGAACAACGCCAUGUCUGAGUCAGAAGACCAGUUCGGCCAGAUCCACCGAAGCUUCAGCGAAGCUGACGGGGAACUGCGCAUGCUCGACGGACCAGAGCGCAUGUCUGUAGAGGAUUACGUUCGUACUCUCCGACCAUUCCACCCUCCCCCGCCUCCAACCCCCAUGGAUAUGUCCGCCGAGACCGAAGCCAUGGAAUCGCAAGAAGCCGAGACCAGCUACUCGACCGUUCUGACGAUUCGGGAAUCCCGCAACGCCGAUGGUAGCAAGAGCUACGAGGCACACACGGGUCCCUUCGUUCGCGACGAGAUCGAGGCUCCGGGCAUGCACGAUGAGAUGACCAUCGACAUGCCCUCAACAUCGGGCAUGACCUAUGUCGAGCGCCUGCGCAACAACCGUACCAUGCACGCUAUUAGCACCAAGCGGCGGCGCAAGGCUAAGAUGAAGAAGCACAAGUUCAAGAAGCUGAUGCGGAGAACGCGUACUCUUAGACGGAAGCUCGAUAAGACUUAA